AUUUGAUCUUUUAAAUUUUUGAACUUUGAAACGACAACUAAAAUGUCUUCUGCCGACGUCGAAAAGCCAACCCAAGGACUGAAAGAGGAACAGUUUGAGAAAAAAGAAGCUGACAGCGAGCAAGCGAUGGAUCAAAAUGAAAUGAGCGACUUGAAAUCUAGCGAAGUCUCACAAAGUGCAACAGGGGCGGAGAAUAAAGAGGAAUCGAACUCUAAGAAAAAGGAUGAUGCAGUUAUCGGCGUGAUUAAAAAGGAUCCAACCGAUAAAAGUGGGAAUGAUAAAUCGAAACGAAAGAAUCUGAAGUGCUCCAAGUGUGAUUUGGUGUCGAAUAUUGUGUUGUUGUUUUACAAUGUGAACUGUCAGCAUGUGUUGUGCACCAAGUGUCUGCAGUUAUUGGGCCAUGUGACCCAGCUGAAGUGUGACACAGUGUUGAGCAAUGGUGCUAAGUGUGACGCAUUGUGGACUAGGAAAAGCACCAACAUAUUGACCUAUGUUGACCCCUUGUUCAUUAAUGCUGUGACGGUUGAACUGAAAGGUAAUGCGAGCUUGAAUGUGGAUAAGUCGGAUACUAACGUGGAAGUAUGUCUGGACAAUGCGGCUCUCAAGUUCCUGAGGAGUAUCAAACCAUGUGUGCCCGGACUGCCUACUCUGGAAAACAAUCCACUGGAUGCCCCCCAGGGAGAAGCGAAAGCCACUGAUGAUUCUGAAGUCACACCCCUCGCUUCGCCCCCUCGGAAGCGAGCCAAGAAAUCUGACGGAUCUCAGAAAGAGGAAACAACUCCGGGCCCCAGGAAGACAACUGCGAGGACAGCGGCCAAAGAAGCUUCUAAAAGCGAACCGAAAACCCCUAAGCAAGAAUCCAAUACAGCUGUUUCUGCGAAUGUGGCUAAGAGUACCGAUAAUUCGAGUGAAAGUAAAGACCAAGAGGAAGAAGCUAAAUCUGUACCGUCAACAGUCGUAGCAUCAGGAGUGGAUCAACAGAACCCUCUUUUGGGUCGUACUCUGAGCAGUGUGGAGAACAAGAUUGUGCCGAAGGUGAAGUUGAAUGCGGCCAAUGACCCUGCCACAUACAAGAAGGUGAUGAAGAAGAACUUCAAAGGUGAGACUGCUCUGCAUGCUGCGUGUCAGAGAGGUCAAGUGGAGAAGGCGAGGGAGUGGCUGGAGAUGGGCUCAGACCCCAACACCUCAGACAACGCCAAUCUCAGACCCAUUCACGAACACGGCGUCAUCAUGAAGCCGGAGUUGUGCCAGCUGUUGUUGGAGUACGGGGCUGAGGUGAAUGUGGCGGGAGGGGAUGAGAAUUUGAUGCCCCUGCACAUCGCCAUCAGCAACAACUGUGUGGAGACCGCCAAACUCCUCAUCCGAUUCGGAGCUGACCUCAACGCCACAGGAAAGGAUGCAAGUGGAAAUGAGUUCACGUCUUUGUCUCUCGCUGAAAAAAUGGCCAAAGAAUACGGCUGCACUGAUCUCCUACAAGCAGUGAAAGAGACCAAGAGGGAAAUAUUCGAGCCGGUCAAGCCUCCAGUCGCACUGGUAUCUGGACCGCCUCCAGUUCUGGGCAAACCCAUUAUAUUCUCGGUGUCUGGCUUAAGCGACGAGGAAAAGAAUUUGGUGGCGAGUUUUGCUGAGAAAUUCCCGAUGCGAGUCAUGCUAAGUCAGAACUACAACAAUGACUGCAAUGUGAUUGUGUGUGGAAAGGCGAAGACUAAAGCAACCAGCUACCCGCCGUCUAUUAAAGUGUUAGCAGCUAUUUUGACCAAUGGCAACGUGGUUGACAUCAACUGGAUGCGAGAAAGCAUGAGUAACAGGACUUACUUGGAUUAUGAGAAUUACCUGAUUGAAUCGGUUUGCGGGAUCAAGGGUGGAGUUCUGCGAGCGAGGGAAACCAAUAAGACAAACCCCAAGAAAAUCUUCAACGGCCUCAAGUUCGUCGUGCAAGAAAAACUGGCCACUUUCAAAUACAACGAAAUCUGUCUUCUGAUCGAGAUCGGCGACGGACAGCUUCUGGGCAAUGCGCCGGAGUAUUCAGCGGGGAAAAAGUUGCUGAACGACCCGAAGGUCAAAAUCGAAUUCAUGAAGGAAGACUCGAUGAUAGGCGAUAUGAGGCUAAUCUUCGUGACUGAAAACAUUUUUGGUCACAUUGAGAAAAUUCAGGACGGCACUUACAAGGUCUCGCCUGAUUGGAUUGUGAAUUGUGUCGCCAGUUUCUCGCUGCUGUCAAAUGUGUUUCCAAAGUGCUCAUCAACUGAAACUGCGACAAAACCUGAAUGGUGAAAUGAAUACAUUAUGCAACAUUUCGACGUCUAAAUUAACGUGAGAAAAUUGGGAUACUUAUUCAGAAAAAGACGUCAAAAUGCAGCAUCUGAAACAUGUUUACGAUAACCAGAUCUCCGAGGAUUCUAAUUGCUGUUCUUUUUCUACUUUUCAACCUAUUUAUUAACUCUGAAACUCUAUUUAUUAACCCUUUUUCUCAAUUGCUGAUUUGGGCUCUGAACUUACCUUUUCAGAGUCUGCUUUCUCCAUGCUGAUUUUAACGCCAUUUAAUCAAUUUUGAAAAACUUUGACAUUUGAAAGCUCUUUUUAUCCAAAUGUUGCUAUUUGUGGUUUGAACGGUCUUUGAUGUUCUUUAGUUAAGCUUUAUACAAGCAGUUUUGUUUUGAUCAACAAGUUUGGCUAUUUUAACCAAAAUUUUGAAUUCGCUUUUCAGUAUUGAAGUGCUUAAAGAAAUGUUUCUCUUUAAGUCGCCCAAAAGAAAUGAUUUGAGUGCAAUUAACUAUGCAUAUGAAAUGCUUUCAAUUUCGAAUACGAUUUGAAUUGAAAUCAAUUUUACUUGGUUUGAUUCUGAGUUAAGAAAAACUACGCAAAGAAACAUCAGUAGCUUGAGUGUGGCCAGGAUUUGUACUUUUCGCAAACUGGAAAUUUUUUCCAAAAA